GGAGAGAGGGUGAGGGGAAAGGCGGCGGGAACAGCGGUGGGCAGAGCUGCGAGGAGGAGCCCCGCCGGCCGGGCUCUGCGGGCGGCCUGCCGGAGUGUGGAGGAAACCCGCGCGGGAGGCCCAGACUCUACAGUUUGGUCAUGUUCUCAGGGUUCUCGAACGGGAGGUCACAAUUUCUGUGGAGAGGCUGCGGCGUCUCCAUUUCGUUGUGGUGCCUUGGGGUUCUGAGCACAGAUUCCAGGGGUCACCCAGUGUCUGAGACAGCGAUCGCCUUACGUUGUGACAGGUUGUGCUUUUAAACUGUGUAGGAUCUCAGUCUUGCAGGAUACCGCCGGAAGAAUGGGCCAGAUGGCCGCAUGAUGUUGAGGAUUAAUUUUUGCUGAAGUAUUUAUUUUAUAUUAAAAGGGUUUUUUUUUUAACAUUCAAUUCUUAGAUUUUAAACAUGUUUAUAAGAGUGUAAGAUAAGAAUGAAGCCAAUGAGUUAGGUUAAAUUAGUUCUGAGUAUUCUGAAUGAAAGCUGAGUUAUGUUUGCAUGUGGUCAGGCUUCCACUCACACUGGAAGGUCUGCAGUCGCCUACCACGGGGAUUUAUCCGACGCUCAGAGGAAGGAAUUAACUCUCUCACUACAGAUCUGUCGAGAGGGUGGAUCUGCCCUCAGCCACUUAACAUACAUAUUCACUCACGAUAAAUGUUGCAACUUAAAUGUGUAAAGCUCACAGUAAUAAAAUAGGAAAUAAGUAUUAGGUGAUUUGGUUCGUGUGAGAUAUUUUUGCUCCAGUGAGUUGACUGGAUACCAUAUGGACAGUACUCUGGGGAUGAGGAUUAACCGAAGUGAAGGUGUUGGAUAUCCUGUGAGGCAUUUGAAAAAGGCUUAGCAACUUGCAUUAUUCUUUAAGAAACAGAAAAUGAAUGAAAAUAAAGAUUUUGAUUCAAAAGAAAGUGAAGAAUAUGAAGAUGACUUUGAAAAGGACCUGGAGUGGUUAAUUAAUGAAAAAGAAAAAAGUGAUGUCAACAUAAUAGAGAUGGCUUGUGAGAAGGAAGAAAAUGUUAUCCAAGAAUUAAAAGAGAAUGAAACAGAAAUAGAACACACUGAACAGGCUUCUGAUUAUGACAAAUCUUUGAAGGUUGAAGCUUCACUAAGAAGAAAUGACUUCAUUUCUGUACCAAGUAGUCAACCUUUAGAUCCAAUAUCAGAUACAGACAGUGAAAACUCUUUCCAAGAAUCCAAAUUAGAAAGUCAGAAAGAUCUGGAGGAGGAAGAGGAUGAGGAAGUAAGGAGAUAUAUAAUGGAGAAAAUUAUACAAGCUAACAAAAUUCUACAGAGUCAACCUGUGAAUGAUAAAAGGGAGAGAAAACUUAAGUUCAAAGACAAAUUAGUUGAUCUGGAAGUUCCCCCACUGGAAGAAACUGAUACUUACAAAAAUUAUUUUGAAAAUGAAAGUAAUAUGUAUGGAAAACUAUCACAGUUAUGUAUUUCCAGUGAACUUGGACAGGAAAAUGUGCUCCUGUCAAUUACUGAUGGAAGCUGUGAAGAAAACAAGGAUAGGAAGAUACUGGUAGAGAGAGAUGGAAAAUUUGAACUUCUGAAUUUACAAGACAUUGAGAGUCAGGGAUUUUUGCCCCCCAUUGAUAAUGUUAUGAAUACAGACAAUGAACCUCAGCAGUUGUCACUCAGAUCCUCCAACUCAUCCGUCAGUGGUGCCAAGAAAGAAGAAUCUCCAGUGGCCAUUCAUGCUGUCACUCACUCAUCAGCAGAAGAGCCAGUAGCUUAUAUCCCUCAGCCACCACCCAACCCCAACACUCGCCCAGGCUCUGUUGCCUACUCAGAUCGCAGUAAAGGGAGUUGGAGAUCUAAUAACAGGACACAGUCCGCAAAUAUAUCUCCAGUGACCUCAACAUACUGUCUUUCCCCUCGACAGAAAGAACUGCAAAAACAGCUGGAACAAAAGCGAGAAAAGCUAAGGAGAGAGGAAGAACAACGGAAAAUAGAAGAAGAGAAAGAAAGGAAAAAAGAGAAUGAUGUGGUAUUUAAAGCAUGGUUGCAAAAGAAAAGAGAGCAGGUUCUAGAAAUGAGGAGAAUUCAACGAGCAAAACAAAUUGAAGACAUGAACAAUAGACAGGAGAACAGAGAUCCACAACAAGCUUUUCGACUGUGGCUUAAAAAAAAACAUGAAGAGCAGAUGAAAGAAAGAAAGACAGAAGAGCUGAGAAAGCAAGAGGAAUGCUUAUUCUUUCUUAAAGGAACAGAAGGCCGUGAGAAGGCCUUUAAACAAUGGCUAAGAAGGAAACGGAUAGAAAAAAUAGCAGAGCAACAAGCAGUCAAAGAAAGAACUAGACAGCUCCGCCUGGAAGCAAAGCGUUCUAGACAAUUACAGAACCACCUGUAUAGUAUGUCAGAAGCCAAAUCUUUUCGUUUUACUGAUCAUUACAACUGAAGGUAUCUAUGAAACAGUUCAUAUGGCAGCUGCUAUCAUCAGGAUUUUGUAUAUCAUUUCUUAUGGCCUAAGUGUUUUGGUCAUAUUCUAAAUUAUGGAAAUGGUAUUUAUCUUUUGGUGUUGACAGUGAAUUUAUGGCUUUUAAGAAACUCUGGAACAAAAAAUAAACUUGUCUUACAGUG